AUGAAUACGAAUGUGAAUGAUACGACCGUCAUUUCUUCCAGUGAUCCACCUUUAGAAUCAUGUUCGGUAACCAAUCCACCCAUACAAACAAGUCGACAAAUACGAAGAAAAAAAUACCAUGGACAUAAACAACGAAGACGUUUCCGUCGAAGACGAUAUAAACGUGGUAUGAGUAAAGAAGAGAAUGUAACUGUUUCGACAACAACUGUACAUCAGAAGGAAACAAUAACAACAGCUGCAUCAAUACCAAAAAAACAAGAUGUCAAUCAAAAUCAGGUCAAACGUGUUGCAUCGAAUAACAAACGUAAAAGAGAUAUCUCAUCUCAAGAUCUACAACGUCAUCUGCUUCCAACAUCAUCAUCAGCAUCCAAUCAAUUGAACAUUCGGCCACGAGCAGUCAAAAAAAUGAAAAAAACCAGUUUCAUUCAAUCCAUUCCAGUGAAUGGUAUUCGUAUGAAUAAGAAUUAUCCAAUGCCAGCUUAUUUAACUCAUUUACCACAUCUUAUUUUUCAAGCACUUCGUCAAGAACUUAAUUGUUCAUUAAAUAAAAAAGAUGAACAAAUCUUUAUUCAUUUACGAUUACAAUUGUUCGAUCGUCAAUUUCGCCUUGAACUCGAUCAACACUUAUGGCAAUCCUAUUUAGAUCUUUUUCAUCAAGAAAAUUUAUGGCCAGUAAAUUUUAUGAAUGACAAUGUCUGUUAUUUACUUCAACAACUCAUUGAUCUAAAACGAGCACAAUUAGAAGUCUAUGAAGAAUUUAUUAUGUUAGAACAACGCAUUCUUUAUCAAUUUUUACCACCUAACUUUGAUCAAUUUGAAAAGAUCACUGCACCCGAUUUUUAUUGGCCACCUGUUGCUGAUCGUACUUUAGUCACUAUCAAAAGAAAACGACGUACUAUUUUAAAGCAAGGAAAACGUACUUUGCUCAAUAUUUUUUAUGUUGCCUAUGAAUAUAAGAUUGAAGAAUAUGAACAACAAUAUCAACAAGGUUUGAAAGAAUUUCAAUCACGUUUCCCUAAUACAAUUCAAAUCAAUGAACUUUCUCUUAUCGAUGCUUUCAAAGCUUACAUAGUUCUUCAUACAAAUCGAAUCAUACAUGACAUCCUGAAUAAAAUUGCUCAUUUUCGUGAAAUCAUUGAACAACGUUAUCAACGUUCGUCAUCAACGAAGAAAAUGGUCGGUGUAUCUCCCGAAGUAACAAUUGAUGUUCUUCAUUGUCCAUUUAAACCUGAUGAAUUGUCUUAUCUAUCUCGAGGUAAAUAUGAUAAUAAUAAUAAUAAUGAUGGAAUAGAUUCUCUUAAAUAUGGAUAUUUUUAA